GUUAACACUCAAAAACAAAUUUAAUGUUCAACAAUUUUGACAAACUUAAAAAAAUGAGUAGUUCAAAUACACACAUUUUCUAUUUGCAUAUAACUUCAUGCAUGUCUUUAAAAACAUAACCUAUAAUUAAAAAUUAAAAGCAUUCAAAUUUUGCUAUAAUGGAAGAAACAGUUUUGCCAAGAUUAGCUUUCGAUAUAUUGAAGGAAGCUGAAGAAACUUAUAAGGAAACCGGAACUUUUUCCUCAAAAAUUUUGGAAAAUUUGUAUUCAUUUUUUGGAGAAAGCUUUGUGCUGGCUACAGAGCUCCUGGAAAAAUGUAAAAUAAUAGAAUACGGUGUUGACAGUGGAAUAAGAAACAUAUUUAAAGUUAUUAUGAAGGAGCAGUACACGAUAUACGAAGAUAUAAAUUUUUGUCAGUGCAAGACGUUUCGUUUGCAGGUUCUGGAGUCCCGCCACACCUUGACUUGCAAGCAUGUUCUGGCUGUGAAACUAGCUCGGAUAUCCGGACAACUGACCAAAGAAACGAUAUCGGAUUCCCAAUUUGUCGACUUCUUAAACGAACAGUUACGAUACAUAGAAGAGGAUGAUGAUUGAAUGAAAUCGUGAAAAAAAAAAGUCGUGGUACUUUAACAUACAGUAUAUUACAAAUAUAACAACAAAUUGGACUAAGUAAUACUUUUUAGUUUAUUUAAAUUAAAUGCAAAGAUAUUUAUACCGUAAAUAUGAAACAUCGAGAUGAUUGUUGUGGGUCUCAAUACUAGAAAAUAUAAACAUAUUA